AGGACAAUAAUGAAAGUUUAUGAGCCGUGUGUCAGAUAGUACUCUUUAUCACCAUCAAUAAGAGCAACUAAGGGAAUGUCUUUUGAUUGAAUUUUACGCGUUGGUCCAUGCGGAAUCCACAGCCAGGUAUCCAGGUAUCACCUGAUAUCCGCAGAUAAUCGGUUUUAUUCUGAGACUUAAAAAGAGUGUGUGUAUAUUUUUUUUUCUCCCGGGGUUACCAAAGCCUUCCCGCUGAUGUGGAUGGGAUUGGCGGAUUAGUUCUUGCAACGUGAACAGAAACAACAGGAGUCAGCACGCGCCGUGGCGCAUGAACACAACGGCGUUUAACUCCAGCGAGCUCGGAGAUGCUGGACGGCAGGGCGCGCGGCCACACUUUACAAUGCGUCUUAACCGUGCCUCCAGCCAAAAAACUAUGUAUAACAAGAGUAUGAGCUGUUCUGAGUGAUAGAAAUAAAAAAUAUCUUCUUCGUUAUUUGUUGUUGGAAGUGAUUGAUGGUGUAUUCGAGGUGAAGAGUGACGUGUUUAGGAGGAAAGAGCACCAUACAUGUAUAUCAGACUCCCUUGUUUGUAAACUGUAUACAACAAAAGCACAGCUUCCACAGCAGCUCCUGUACGUGUCUGGCUUGACAUCAUGCCUAUCAUAAGCAAUACAAAUGACUUCAGCAAUUUCUCCAUCAGCACAGAUGACAGCAGCCUCGACCGUUUUUUUACCGAGAUCCCUGAGACUGAAACCAUUAAAGGAGUAUACUUUCAGCGAGCUCAGCUGCUACGUGACCCCUCUGCGCUCUCAAAUGUCGACCACAGCAAACAGGCCCUCGUGAAUGUUGGUGGGGAUCGUUACACAUUUGCCUGGAGCACCCUGGAUGACUUCCCACUCUCCCGUUUGGGCCAGCUACGUUACUGCAGCAGUCUUGAAGACAUCGCUCGACUGUGUGAUGAUUACGAUGAGUUGAGCCGUGAGUUCUUCUUCGAUCGAAGUGCCACUGCCUUCCGCGUCAUCCUCAACUUCUUGGCGGCUGGAAAGCUGAGGCUGCUGAGGCAGGCGUGUUCCGUUUUUCUCUCAGACGAGCUUGCUUACUGGGGCAUUGAGCCCACCGGGAUGGAGCGCUGCUGUAGGCGCGUUAUGAUCACCUGCGUGGAGGAGAUGGCUGAGAAGAAGCGGAAAGAGGAGGCCCGGAGGCAGAAGUGGCUAAAGAAACAACCAAUACAAGAGAAGGGGGAAGGGUUCCAUGGCUUCUUGAACCGUCUGAGGGACAUGGUGGAUAACCCACACUCUGGCUGGAUGGGCAAGAGCUUUGCCUACAUCUCCGUGGCAAUGAUCGUUGUGACCGUGGUUAGCUUGUGCAUCAGCACCAUGCCUGAGCUCAGAGAAGAGGAAAGCAGGGGCGAAUGUUCCCAGAAGUGUCAACAGAUAUUCAUCGUGGAGACUGUGUGUGUAGCCUGGUUUACCCUUGAGCUUGCUCUACGUUUUCUUCAGGCACGUAGCAAGCUAGAAUUUGCAUGCGGGCCACUGAACAUUAUUGACGCUGUGGCCAUUUUGCCAUACUACAUCUCCCUGCUGGUGGACGAGAGAGAUCUGAGGCUGGGCGAUCAUAAGAAUGUUGGUGGGGGAUAUUUGGAUAAGCUGGGUCUGAUCCUGAGGCUCCUGCGUGCCCUGCGUAUCCUGUACGUCAUGCGGUUGGUGAGGCACUCCCUUGGACUGCAGACUCUCGGACUGACGGUGCAAAGGAGCCUGCAUGAUUUUGGUCUCCUGCUCUUGUUUGUUUGCGUGGCUGUCACGUUGUUCUCGCCUCUCGUACACUUGGCUGAGAGCGAGCGCCACGGAUUCAGCAGCAUCCCUGCGUGUUUCUGGUGGGCGAUUAUUUCCAUGACCACCGUGGGCUAUGGCGACAUGGUACCACGCACCAUCCCUGGACAGGUGGUGGCUUUUAGCAGCAUCCUGAGUGGAAUCCUCAUCAUGGCCUUCCCAGCUACCUCUAUUUUCCACGUGUUCUCACGUUCCUACCGUGAUCUGAGACAGGAACACGAAAUGAUAUGCAAAGAUGAAAGAGCUGCCUUAUUAGCUGCAGAUGAGGUCUGGGUAGAAUCUGAGAUGAACACCUACUAUUGGACUCAAGGAUAUUCUAACAAACUGCAUGAGGGUGAGAAUAGGGACGGGCCUGAAAAAACUGUUCUAGUAGACACAUCAUGCUCGGGCUUGCCAUAGAUGCUGGAACUAGUGAUCAUGGGGUUUGCAGAAACACUUGUAAUGGUGAGUGAAUCUUCACUCACUAAAAACAGGAAUCUCAAGAAAGUAGCUUUGGCUUUACAGUAAAUGUGUUCGGGAUUUGUCUUGUUUGUUUGGCCUCAUCUGCAUAUCAUGACUAAUAAUAAAAGUGAAGUACUUGAUUGAAGUUAUUUACUUCAUAAUAUUUGUAUGAGUGUGCUUAUAGUGAUUAUAUAUGUCUAAAAUAUUCUGAUUAUACUGUACGACAGUAACAACGUAUACAGGUACAAUAAUAAGAGUAACAGUAACAACUGUGGAUUAGGCUAUUUUAGGAUUAGGACUGUUCUGCUUUUAACCUGACUUGUAUGUAUAUUUCCAAAAAUAUCUAUUACAAAACAUCAUUUUUUUUUUUGCUUGGUCUCUGUAAACAUACGGUCGGGAUAGCAAAUAAAUAAAUAAAUAAAUAAAUAAAUAAACAUUCACACAUUUGGCACACUACCAUUCAUUUCUAACAAAUUAAUCCUGAAAUGGUAAGUGAAAUAAAUUCUUUGUUUAAUUCAACUAUAUCUAAUCAGUAAUGUCAUAAUUUUUACUUAGUUCUAAUGGAGAUUAAUAGAACAUAUCUAUUGUUAUUUUUGCACAUUUUUAGAUCUGUUGUUUUUACGUCCUUCCUUCGGGUGUUGUAACACUUUCUAAACACUUGAAAGUCUUGCUUUUGUGCAAUACUCACUUGGGCAGUUUCAGUUAUAACAAAAUGAAUUCCUGUGCUUGACAAAUGCUCUUGAAUAAAAGGGAUUCUUAUGCUGCUUCAUUUAUUGAUUGAUUUACUGUCAAAGUCUGAUUGAUAUAUUAAUUGAUAUAUUAAGCAACAAAAAUAAAGAGAUAAAAGAAAUGAAUAAAUGCUAUAAAGCUAGUGACAGAAGGAGAAAGUUUGAGGUUACAUGUGUUUUUUGUUAUGUAAUCUCAAAAUAAGAACUCUGAGAUGAAGCCUCAACUGUGUAUAUUUAAAAAUAGUAAACAGUGACAUGGGAGAAUGUAGAUCUGCUGGUGUUAGCUUCUUACAGGUUUUGUACUUUGUACUGUAAUAAACUACCCCCACACACACACACAAACAAACCUGCAUUCUGAAAAUUAUUAAAGUGCUUCCAUUACACCUUUUCAUUGUUUUAUUUUUUCCACAGCUUAUCGCUUUUAACACUCAUUCAAAUCUUCAACGUUAGAAAGCUUAGUAAAUAAAACUGGUAAUAAAUAAUUUAUGGUUUGGCCCCAGGUUGGGCAAGUUAUCACUUGACAGCGUAAGCCUGUUCAGGUAAAUAGGCUGCCACAUGUCACACCUCUUAGAUAUUCCAUCCUUUGUUCACCUCUUUGAGUUCACGGUUUCAGGUUACGACGCAAGGGAAAGGUCGUAAACAUACAUCCAUGUCUUGAUCCACUCCGUUUGAACAUGUCAACAUGUUCUAAGUCCUAAACAUUUAUGAAAAAAGUCCAAUUACCUUUAAUUCAUAGCUAUUAACUUGCAAUAGGAAGUUAAAUCUGAUCUAGAAUAAUAAUAAUUAAAAAAAACCCUUUCUUUUGUUUAGGUUUACA